UAGCAUUAUCCUAGCAAAAAGGUGGCCUGAAAACUAGAAGGGAGAAGGGAGCUUCAUUUAAGGGAGGGUUUUGGCUUAAGGUUUGUUGGGGCAACAACCCUGCAGACAAGGUUAAUUUGUGUUUUGACAGAACAUCUAUGAUGGCACAAGGUGACCUGAAGAAGGGAUUUGAAGGCUUUGAUUUUACAUCCCUGUUCCAUUUGGAUUGGUAGCAAUUACUGGGUAUCCUUCUUGAAUUUUUGGUUUCCUACAAGUUUCUUAUUAAAGCUACUUCUACAAGCCAUCACUUUGAAACUGUUUGAGCUCAGAGAUACUUGAAGCAAACAUUCCAACUCUGAACUUCAGUUUGGGCAUAAAUUCCACGUUUGCCAUAUGUGUCAUUGUCUCAGCAGAUGGCACCACCUAGUCCCAGCAACAGUACCCCGAACAACAGCAGUGGGAGCAAUGGAAAUGACCAGUUGAGCAAAACCAACCUCUAUAUCCGGGGAUUGCAACCAGGCACUACUGACCAGGACCUUGUCAAAUUGUGCCAGUCAUAUGGCAAGAUUGUCUCCACUAAGGCCAUCCUGGACAAGAGCACGAACAAAUGCAAAGGCUAUGGCUUUGUGGACUUCGACAGUCCUUCAGCAGCGCAGAAAGCUGUCGCGGCGCUGAAAGCCAGUGGUGUACAGGCACAGAUGGCGAAGCAACAGGAGCAGGACCCUACAAAUUUAUACAUAUCAAACCUUCCACUCUCAAUGGAUGAGCAAGAACUGGAGGGGAUGCUGAAGCCCUUUGGCCAGGUUAUCUCCACUCGAAUCCUCCGAGAUACCAGUGGGACCAGCAGAGGGGUUGGCUUUGCAAGGAUGGAGUCCACAGAGAAGUGUGAAGCCAUCAUCACCCACUUUAAUGGAAAAUACAUUAAGACACCUGCUGGAGUACCAGCCCCAUCUGAUCCCUUGCUUUGCAAAUUUGCUGAUGGUGGUCCAAAGAAACGACAGAACCAAGGGAAAUAUAUGCAAAAUGGACGGGCCUGGCCAAGGAAUGGAGAUAUGGGUGGUAUGGCCUUGACCUAUGACCCCACCACAGCUCUUCAGAAUGGGUUUUAUCCGGCUCCUUAUAACAUCACCCCCAACAGGAUGCUUGCUCAGUCCGCCCUCUCCCCCUACCUUCCAUCUCCUGUGUCUUCCUAUCAGAGAGUAAGUCAGACAUCUCCUCUGCAAGUACCUAACCCGUCCUGGAUGCAUCCCCAGUCGUACCUCGUGCAGCCUCCAGGUUCCGUUCUGCCGCCGGGGAUGGAUCACCCCAUUCCUCUCCAGCCUGCCUCCAUGAUGGGACCCCUCACCCAGCAGCUGGGGCACCUCUCCCUCAGCAGCCCAGUACGUGCCGGCGGCCGCCCCCGUGCCCGGAGCUUACCUCUCCCCGUACACCCCCGCGCCUUCUUCCGGUGUUGCAUCCGAGGAGAGCAGCGGCCAGCAGACUCAAGUGCCGGUGGAGGCUCCCUCAGACCCCGGGCUCUACUCUUUCCAGUUCAACAAGUAGCAGCGUGGUCUGGAAGCGAACCCGCCAUGUCUCUGAGAUGUGCCUGGACAAAUGGACUCUUGGAAAGGCUGAUGCUCCCGAACUCCUGGGGGCUGACCGGGAUUACAGCCCCGCUGUGGGCCCUGCUAAGGACUAACACUUGGGCAGCAUUUUUCACAGGCCUGGUCCUGGAGAAAGAGAUCUCUGCACUUGCGCCCUCUGCUUCUGCCUCCAUUCCUGGGGCAGCCGGGGGUUGAGGGGGGAACUGUAACUUUGUAUGUGUGCUGCAUUCAAGGAGAUCAAAAGAACUUUUUUCUUUCUUUUGCAAAGAAAGUUUUAUAUUUUGUUUUUAACUGCAAUAUACUCUUUCUGUAUCCCAAAGAGA